GAUGUGAAUUUAUAAUAAUAAUGAGGAGCCUCAAUGACAAACACAAUAUAUCUGAUGACAUGACGUAAUGAAUAUUUAUAACACAAUCCUCCAACAAUGAGUAUAUAAGACAUAGUUGUAUGGGGUAGAAGGACGAAAUCUACUCUACUGCAGGUCAGUUUGUUGGUUCGCUGAUAGUACAACAAGUAAUAAAACAGGUAUGUGGAAGUUUUGAUGCUUUUGUUCAGAAAAAAUCCUAUUGCUGUACAGAGAAAGCAAUAUUAGUGUUUAUAUAUUUCAAAGCUGCCUUUUUCCACUAUCUUCCAAGGGCAGGUUAGACAUGAAGGCUGAAGUGGGAGUCUGUCAAUGCAGGAAGCAGAGUCUCAUAGAGGAUGCUCGCAAGGAGAAAGAAGCUUCGGUCCUGCCUGCGCCAGAGCCUCAAGAAGUAAAUAACGGAGACCUGGGCGAAGAAGACAAUGGCACCACCUUAAAUCUGAUGUUUACAGUCAGGAGCCCUAGCACUUCUUCACUUAAAGCUAUUUUAAAGAUCUUAGAGAAAAAUGAAACCUAUGUUUUUCACAUGGAGACAAGACCUGCUGUAAAAAACAAGAAGAAAGAAGAUCUAGAAUGUUAUCUGAAAUGCUUUAUUCCCAACUCCUCCAUCAACAUCUUCAUACAUUCCUUGAAAAAGGUGGCAGGAGAUGUAAAAGUACUCAAAGAUGAAUUAUCUCAUUCUUUUCCAAAAAAAGUUCAAGACCUGGAUAUGUACCAGCAGCAUUUAAUUGUGAAAUUUGAGCCACAUUUUGACCAGGACCACCCAGGUUAUGGUGACCAAGAGUAUAAAAAGAGAAGAGCAUACUUUGCAGAGCUGGCUUUCACAUACAAAGAUAGAGAUGCUUUGCCAAGAGUUGAUUACACAGCAGAAGAAACCGCCACUUGGAAACAAGUCUACAAAUCCCUCAGCACUCUGUAUCCAAACUAUGCUUGCAAGCAAUACUUAGAUGCUUUUCAACAGCUGGAAAAAUAUUGCGGAUUUACAGAAAAUUCUAUACCUCAACUUCAGGAUGUGUCUAAUUUUCUUAAAGAAAGAACUGGAUUUAAACUGAGACCAGCAGCUGGUUUGCUUUCUGCUAGAGAUUUCCUGGCUUGUCUAGCUUUCCGUGUAUUUCCAACAACACAGUACCUGAGACAUCCCUCCACUGUCAUGCACUCUCCAGAGCCGGACUGCUGCCAUGAAUUGCUGGGCCAUAUUCCCAUGCUUGCUGAUAAAGAAUUUGCACAGUUCUCACAGGAUAUUGGUCUAGCCUCACUAGGAGCAUCUGAGGAAGAUAUACAACAAUUGGCAACGCUUUAUUGGUUUACCAUUGAGUUUGGACUCUGCAAGCAGAACGAGUCUAUCAGAGCCUAUGGAGCUGGCUUGCUGUCAUCUUAUGGGGAGCUUAAGUAUGCAUUAUCAAAUAAGCCUGAGCUUCGGCCUUUUGAUCCAGAAAUUACUGCAGUCCAGCCAUAUGAGGACAAUUGCUUCCAGCCAGUAUAUUUUGUGUCAGAAAGCUUUGAUGACUCCAAAGCCAAAUUCCGGCAAUAUGCCCUAAAGAUGAAGAAACUGUUUUCACUUCGCUAUGAUCCUUUGACAUGCAGUGUUGAAGUAUUAGACUCUAUCCAAAAAGUCCAAACAGCACUGAGCCAAAUCAAAGAUGAACUGAACACUCUGUGCUUUGCUUUGGACAAAAUGUGCAAGAUCUAAUCUAAACAAAACUUAGAUUUCAUAGAAGUCAAUAUAGAGUCAAUAUAUCCAUGUGCUAGAAUAACUCAAAUAUAACAUUCAUGUUUGCAGUUAUUGAAUGUCAGGGAAAAAAUACAUAUAUUUAUUAGGCAUUGAGCUUUGUUCUUAGUAAGAUUUUAUUUGCUUCACACAUAUUUUUAACCGAUACAAUUUCAGUAAAAAUGAAUUCUUUUGAAUGGUCAGCAUGAUUUCAAGCUAAACUUUGGGCAGAUAUUUAAAACAUCAUUUAAUACCAUGGUGUUUUCAUUAAAACAUGACAUUUAUUGUUAAAUGUAAAUGUAAAUUACCCAAAUCAGUUUUGUAAUCCCAUGUACAGUAAAACUCAGACUGGGAGUGGGUCAAUAUUCUCAAGCCCUGUACACACGGGCCAGAAUCUCGU